UUCCAUUCGUGCGUGUGUGUAUAUAUUAUAUGGAUGGGAACUUAGUUAAGAUCGAUCCUUGUGAAAUAAAACGAACUUUUUUUUCUCUCUCUAAUGGCUUUCAUAGGAUUACCUGAAAUCUCCAUAGCCUUCAUUUGCUUCCUCAUCUUCCAUUUCUUGACCAACAAGAAACCUCAUGAAAGUUUCCCAAGGAACUGGCCGUUCCUAGGGAUGCUUCCCGGUUUGAUCGCAGCGGUCCCUCGGAUUUACGAUUGGAACGCCGAGCUUCUAGAGUAUUCCAACAUGACGUUCAUUUCCAAGGGCAUCUGGUUCGCAGGGAUGGACGUGUUGGUCACUGCCGAUCCGGACAAUAUCCGACACAUAAUGAGUUCGAACUUCAGAAACUACCCGAAAGGACCCGAGUUCAAGGAGAUGUUCGAUGCUCUAGGCGACGGCAUCUUCAACGUCGACUCCGAGCUGUGGGAGGAUCUGAGGAAAUCGUUUCAGGCCGUUCUCCACCAUCAAGGGUUUCAGAGGUUUACGUUUAGGACAAGCAUGGAUAGGAUCAAGAAAGGGCUUGUGCCUUUUCUCGAUCAUGCAGCCAGGGCAAAGAUGGUGGUGGACAUACAAGACGUGUUGGAGAGAUAUUCUUUCGAUGCGAUGCUCAUUUCGUGUACCGGGUAUGAUCCAGGGACGCUCUCCAUUGAAAUGCCCGAGGUCGAGUUUUACAGAGCUUUCGAUGAUUUCGAAGAGGCGAUUAUAUAUAGGCACUUCAAGCCGAGAAUCUUGUGGAAGCUCCAAAACUGGUUAGGGCUUGGGAUAGAGAAGAAGAUGACAAGAGCUCGUGCCACUUUUGAUCGGAUUUGUGCGGAACACAUAUCGGCUAAACGGAAGGAGAUGGUGAGCUCAGGACAGCAUCAUUCCUUCGGACCGGAAACCUGUGCGGAUGUAUUGACAUGCUUCAUGAAUAUGGAUAGAACUAAAUACAAGCUCUUGAACCCUAAUGACGAUGAAUUCCUGAGAGACACCAUGUUGACGUUUAUGACAGCAGGAAGGGGAACAGGCUCGAUCAUAGCAAGAUUCCUCUGGUUUCUAUCAAAACACCCUCGAGUUCUUACCAAGAUCCGACAGGAAAUGAAAGAGAAACUGCCUCCAAGAACCAGAAGUGGCGACGACGACGAUGGACUGCCUUUUGAUCCCAUGGAGCUAAAGAAGUUGGUAUACUUACAUGCAGCAUUGUCUGAAUCGCUGAGGCUCUACCCUCCGGUCCCAUUCGAACGGAAAUCCCCGGUGGAACCAGACGUGCUUCCAAGCGGUCACAGAGUUGCAGCAAACUCAAAAAUAGUGUUCCCCAUUUACGCGCUCGGGAGGAUGAAAAGGGUAUGGGGAGAAGAUGCGUUGGAGUUCAAACCCGAGAGAUGGAUAUCGGAGACCGGAAGGUUGAAGCAAGAGCCUCCUUCCAAGUUUUUCGUGUUUAACGCUGGCCCGAGAACUUGCCUGGGCAAGGACAUGGCUUAUACGCAGUUCAAGACACUGCUGGUCGAGAUCUUGCAGAACUACGACAUUCAUGUCGUCGAGGGCCAACGUGCUGACUGUAUUAUUUCAACAGUCCUUCGCGUCAAGGAUGGUCUUAAAGUCACUGUUACCAAGAGAUCCCCUGCCUGAAUACAUACAUACAUAUACACAAUAAUAUGCAUAUAUAGCUGUAAUGCUUUGUCUAAAUGAAACCAUUAAAAAAAAAACCAAACCCAUAAGUGCAAUAAUAAUACAAAGUUGUGUUUUUUUUAAUCAAA